GAGGUUUCUGGCUUGCCGUUAAACCCUAAACCCAUUAACCUCUACCUCCGCUACACCACCGGGCACCACCACCAAUCGCCGCCGCGUAGACGAGCUGAAAUUAUCAAGUAAUCUUUCAUUCCUCCUCAAUUUCGGUAACGUUCGUGGUUGGAUUCACUGCUGGGCCAAGUAAAGAACUGGGAGGGUGAAAGGAGAGAAUUUUGUUUUUGUUUUUGUUUUUUUCCCCUGUCACAGAAUCUGCAAAAGCCAAAAUGAGCUUAAAAGUUGCGUUGAUUUUGCAGAAAAUGCCACGAAAACCCAGGAGGCGCCGGCAACGACCCGUGAGUUUUUCUCCAUUUGGUCGCUCAAUGGCUUUUCUUUACCCUACCAAAAAGAUGAAGCACCAAAUUUUGGACUCUGUUAUUAAAGACAUGUCUGCUCCCAGCACUUCAGACGUGGAAAUUUCAGCUAAUGGGGUGGUAAAGGAUGGUACAUUUCAGAAUCAUGGCGAAACCUCAGAUUCUUCGGAUGAUGGAGAGUUUGAUGGAGUUGUCCAGGCAGAUUUUUCAUUCUUUGAUCCAAAACCUGAUGAUUUCAAUGGAGUGAAAGUCCUCCUUCAAACCUACAUGGAUGAUAAGCUAUGGGAUUUAAGUGGCUUUGUAGAUUUGAUAUUGGGACAAACUACCGUCGGGACAGUUGUCAAGAUAGAGGAUGAUGAAGAUGAAGGAGUUUAUGCUUUUGUUACUGCUCUUAAUAUGGGAAGAUACAAGGAUCAUAAAUGUAUGAUCGAGCUGAAGGAAUUUUUGCUUAAGUCAUGCAAAGAGGAUUCGGUCUCUAAUUUGAGGUCUCUUUUGGGAGAGAAGGCACAAGAUGUCGGACUAUUGGUAUCCCAACGUGUAGUUAAUCUUCCUCCUCAGCUUUUGCCUCCCCUUUAUGAUGCUUUAUUUGAUGAAGUCUCAUGGGCAACAGAAGAUGAGCCAACAGAGGAGCUCCAAAAAUCCUUUUGUUUUAAGUCUUACCUAAUGAUCAGCAAAAUCUACAAGCAUAAGAAUGCAAACAAGAAAAUGGGGAAGAGUGGAGAUAGGGAAGAAGAUAUAAUAUAUAGCAAGCCAGAAGAUGAACUUUUUGAUCAGCUGAGCUCCUGGUCCUUCAGUUUCCCGUUACACACUCAGCAGGUGACAGCUAAUGAGCUAAAAGAUUACCGCCCUAUGGGUUUAGUCAUGGCUGUUGAUGCAAGUAAAGUUGGCAUAUUCCGGAAGCAGUUGCAUUCUUUGAUUGACGAAUCAUGACAUCAAGGUUCCAAGACUUGCACAGGGCCUGCUGUUCUCACCUCCCUGGACUGCUUAUGGAAGUGAGAAGUGGCUGUUUCUUUCAUUUCAACUAUUCUGCAGAAACAGGCCAAGAUGGUAUUGGAGACUACAUUCAGGAAAGAGUUGUAACCUGUAUGGUCCGUGUGGCAGAAUUUUUUGUAUUGCUUGAUACUUGUAGAUGUCAUACUGGAUGCGAUUGUUUUGAAAAAUGCGUCACACCUGAUCAUGUUGUAAAUUGGCUUGAGUGCCUCAAAUUUUGUUUCACGUCUAUUUAAGGUUUUCUUCCCCUUUUCCCUUCGAA